CAUAGUGGCAUCAAAGUGUCACUUUUCGUCUUCACUGCAAGUACAACGCAACGUUUUAAGCGCAAACAUGUUCAACUUCUACAAAUUGUUUGUGGUAUUCGCUGCGCUGCUGAGCUUCACUGCCGCAAAGCCAGGCAUCCUGGGACCCAUCCUUGUCUCGCCAUCCGCCAUCUCGCAUCAGAGUGUCACUCAAGUGCAUGCCACUCACCCGGUACUCGUUGCCACACCCAUCGUCACCGCGGUACAUCCAAUUGUAACUCCCAUCCUUCAUCAUCCUGAGCAUAUUGUUAUUGGUUAAAAUGUUGUUGUCGUGACAAACAACAGUUAACAUUGACCGCCAUUUUGCGACCGCGUUUGGACUAUUCUACAAAGUGAUUACUCAGCACCACAAUGCCAUACGUGAUCAGCACCUAUUUUCACACACAGCCACAAUUGCACUUUCUUAGCCACACAUAAGUACAGUCAUAUUCUUAGAACUAAGUACACAUACAUAUUUAUGUGUGUUUGUUAUUUGAAAUGCACUGAAUUGCUUUCUUUCGAUCUUGCGCUCGUUGCAUUGCAGUGCAUUUCUUUGUGAACAUUUUUCAUUUUAAAACUUCUCUUUACUUUAUUUUUGAGUUCUAUUGCAAUCAACAGACACUUAGUUACAAUAUAGAGCUAUAUACCCUUUCAAUAAAACCCAAAGCAAUUAAAAAUA